AUGUCUCAAACCAUCAACGACACCACCGCCCUCCUCAAUUCCAACCACCGCUACACAAGGUCAGGCAUUGGCGGCGCAGGAAACAUUCGCAAGAACACUUCAACCCCCGCCGUUUCCUCCACACCCCGCAUCAUACCCACUCCAUCCAAAGGGACAUUCCUCACAGGCAUCGGCGGCGCAGGCAACUCACGCUCUUACGAAGAGCGGGCCAGCAUCUCUUUCGAAGAAGCCCUCGCUCGGGACAAUUUCCGCAAGCUCUCUGUAGCAGGCAGUUACCACCACGGCAUAGGCGGUAUGGGAAACAGAUCAUCCGUCGUCGACUGCUCGGCUUCGAGUUCAGUUGAGUCGAAUAGCUUCCUGAGCUCGGCGAUGGCGAUGCAGAGUGGUGCGGAUAGAGUUAAGGGUCGGGUGGUGAGCUUCUUUGGAGGCUCGAGUAGUAAGAGGAGUUCGAUGGUUGAUGAGAAGGAUGAUGUUUCGACUGAUGGAAGGAGUAGCUGGGCGAAAGAGAACUAG